AUGUCACCAGCUGCUCACUCAUCUUCAGACAAAAAACAAUCUGGUGUUGCUAGAGUUUUAGGCUCAGCAACUGCUGGUAUUGCUGAAAUUGGUGUCUUCCACCCAGUCGACACCAUUUCCAAAAGAUUGAUGUCCAACCACACCAAGGUUACUUCUUUGCACGAAUUAAAUAAAGUGAUUUUUAGAGAUCAAGCUUCUCAAGCAUUGGGCAAGCGUUUGUUUUCAUUAUUCCCAGGUUUGGGUUAUGCCGCUUGUUAUAAGAUUUUACAAAGAGUUUACAAGUAUGGUGGACAACCAUUUGCCAAUGAAUUCUUGACCAAAAACUUUAAGGACACUUAUGACGCUGCUUUUGGUCCAAAAACAGGUAAAGCAUUGAUGAGUGCAACUGCUGGUUCUUUAAUUGGUAUUGGUGAAGUUGUGUUGUUGCCAUUGGAUGUUUUGAAGAUCAAACGUCAAACAAACCCAGAAUCCUUCCGUGGUAGAGGGUUCUUGAAAAUUAUUCAAGAUGAAGGAUUAGGGUUAUAUAGAGGUUGGGGCUGGACAAUGGCAAGAAAUGCCCCAGGUUCUUUUGCCUUAUUUGGUGGUAACUCUUUUGCCAAAGAGUAUAUUUUUGGAUUGAAAGACUACUCUCAAGCUACUUGGACACAAAACUUUAUUACAUCUAUUUUUGGUGCUAGUGCUUCUUUAAUUGUUUCUGCUCCAUUGGAUGUGAUCAAAACUAGAAUUCAAAAUAGAAACUUUGAAAACCCAGAAUCCGGUUUCACAAUCUUGAAAAAUAUGUUCAAGAAUGAAGGAAUCACUGCUUUCUUUAAAGGUUUGACACCUAAAUUAUUAACAACUGGCCCUAAAUUAGUAUUCUCAUUUGCCUUGGCCCAGUCUUUGAUUCCAGCAUUUGAUAAAUUGUUAAGUAAAUAA